AUGACUGUCAAGCUCGUCAAGUUCCAGGACAUCGAGGUCCCCGCUCCAGGCUUCGGCUGCAUGGGUUUCUCUAUGGGCUACGGUCCCGCAGACGACAAGGUCUCGCACCAGACGAUGGCCAAGGCUGUGGAGCUUGGUUGCACCUUCUGGGACUCGGCGGUCGUCUACGGCAAGGGCCACAAUGAGCAGCUCAUUGGCGACUUUUUCCGUGCCACCAACACCCGCGACAAGGUCUUCAUCGCUUCCAAGUGUGGUUGGGACUGUAUGGAUGUCGGUACUGGAGGUCCUCUCGGCGGUGUCACCAACAAGGCCGAGCACAUUGCAACCUACAUUGAGGGCACCAAGGAGCGCCUCGGCUCGUACCCCGACCUCUACUACCUCCACCGCAUCGACCCGAACACCCCGCUCGAGGAGUCUAUUCCUGCGCUCCAGGCUCUCAAGACUGCCGGUAAGACCAAGUACAUUGGUCUGAGUGAAUGCAGUGCCGCCACUCUCCGAAAGGCCUGUGCCAUCGCCCACAUCGACGCCCUUCAGAUCGAGUACUCUCCGUGGUACACCGACCACGAGGAGAACGGCCUCAUCGACGCUGCUCGUGAGCUUGGCGUCACCAUCAUCGCCUACUCUCCCCUCGGCAAGGGUAUCCUCACCGGCCAGUACCGCAGCCCCGAGGAUUUCCCUGAGGGCGACGUCCGUGCCACCAUCCCCCGCUUCAGCAAGGAGAACAUGCCUCGCAACCUUCGCAUUGUCGACGAGUUCCAGAAGCUGGCUGCCAAGAAGGGCUGUACCUCGUCGCAGCUGGCGCUUGCUUGGGUCAUUGCCCAGGGCGCCAUCCCCAUCCCGGGUACCAAGUCCAGCUCUCGCCUUGCGGAGAACUUUGGUGCCAACGGGGUCAGCCUCGAUGACGCUGAGCUGAAGGAGCUCAGGGUGCUCAUCAACGAUGCCAAGCCCGUUGGUGACCGUUACAACGCUGUUCACAUGGCGAUUGUCGGGCAGUAG